CCAUUUCAAUAAAUAACGAAGACAGAGGUUUGCUGUUUCCUACAGUUCAUGCGGGGGCGUACAUACAAUGCACAGUCACGUCUGAAAUCAUCGACACGAUUGAAGUGCCAAAAAUAUGAAUACACGACUUUAUGGCCCAUAUAUUAGGGUAGUGUAUACAUAUUUUAGGCACUUUCUCCGUAUCGAUAUGUUCAGACGUGACCGUACAAUGUUACAGUUACUUUCAAUAGAAUCAAAGAUGGCAAUUGAAACGUCACUUAAUACCUUUAUCAGAGCAAAUUAUUUCAAGAACACCCCAAUGACCUAGAAAGCCAUUUACCUCUUGAAACAAUUAAAAUCUUCAGAAGAGUGGUAAAAUUAGGUAGUAUAAUUACUGAUUAGGAGGUCAUUCUCAGAGGUUGACAGUAGGCACGCGAGGUCGACUUAUCGAUUUGGUAAUAAUGAUUAUUGACCAUUUAUAGACUACAUCAUGAAGAUCACGGCACCAUUUCAUUGUGUGAUAUAUUUUACGUCGCCUUUAAAAGAAGGCGAUACCUAUUUGUCGUGCUCAGUAGUUAAGGUAGAGGUAAGUUAUAUUUUUUUACGCCGUUUUGUACGGAUGUCUACCGUCUAUUUUCCCUCAUUUGCUUAAAGGUUAAUUUAUUUUUAACCGACUUCAAACAAGGAGGAGGCUAUCAAUUCGACCUUAUUUUUGUGUAUGUUUGUUAGCUCAGAGCCCCUAGUGUAAAUGUCUCGGUGAAUAUUAGUUGCCCGUGGAAAGAAAAGUACAGUCAGCGAUAAAAGCUUGUACUAAAAUGGAAGUUGUUUGGCAAAACUUAUUAUUUUUUGUUUACUAUAUUUUUUAUCUGUCGUGAUUGUUUCACCGGAUAGGCUCAUUGGAAUAUCAGUACUAGAAGUCGCCAGCUGAAAUGAGAUCAUUUCACGGCACUUUCGCCUUUCUGAGUUUUUCAACUUCUCAACUUCAACUUCAACUUCAAAAUUUUAUUUGCUAAAAAUGCACGUACAUAAUAGAUGUUAUUGUCUGACAUAAUCAAUAUUGGUAUCAGCGCAUUCAGCCAGAAGGCAUGCAAAUCAUAUCAUAUAGAACACAUUUACAAAAUAUUUACAAAUAUACAAAUUUUUCUAUCUUGUAUAAUUUUCUUGAGCUUACGAAUAAAUUAUUUCUAUCAUAUAUAAUUUUAAUUUAUUUUUAGAUAUUCAAUUAUUGUAUAUGAUUUACAUUAGUAAGCGUACAAGAUGUCUUGUCGAGUGUGGUCCACGUUCCAAGCAACCAGAAAUGACGGCUCGCUGGUGAAGCUGCGCAUUCAAGAUUUACCCGAAAACCGGAUCGACGAUGCCGUACACUUGUAUAUAAAAUAUUUCAUUCACGAAGAAAAACUUAUGAAAAUAGCAGGUAUUUCACGAAAUCCAAAAGCGGUAAAGGAGUUCCAAUCAUUAAUAAGUGAAUUGAUCAAAGAUCCUGCUUCGAAUACCAUGAUAUGUUGCGAAGACGAGGAAGAGGGUAAUGUUCGGCAAAUAAUGGGCGUGUCUUUGAUGUCGUUAACUACAGUAGAACGGCAGGCCUUAUUUAAAAAGCUGCAGCCAGAAACCGAUGAGAUGCGGCUAUAUUUACGAUGGGAAAGAAUAUUUGAUUCGCAUAAACAACUAAAGGAGCUGCAAAUUACUUCCUUUUAUGACGACAUAGGUGUGAUUGUUCAUCCACGGUUCAGAAAAUUGGGAAUAGCAACGGAAUUCGCUAGGGCGAGACGUUCGGCAUGUAAGGCACACAAUGUCGCUGCUACCUGUGCUGUCACGACGUCUAUCGGCACUGAGAAGAUUGCUAAGAAGGACUACUGGGAUACUCUCAAGGAAUUCAAGCUACAUGACUUAGAACAACACUACAACAUUACUUGCGAAGAUGUGAUAGCCAGACUUGUCAUCUGGAGGAACCCAGAAUUCAAACAUGAUGAUACGACUGAGAAAAACUUAAAUGUAUGAUGCUAUGUGUUGUUUUUCGAUUUUAACGUGAAAAUGUUUCCAAAAACACCCAAUUUUACCUGCUACCUACACCUUUUUGGUACGGAAUCCUAAAAUAGGAAAAUUUUGUUUGUUGGGCCUUACAAGGAUAAUAAUUACCUAUGUAAAAAUACUUUUACACUUUGAUUUCAUCGGGGAACAUUGACGAGCCGCAACGCGGCUUUAAAUUCUCUUCGCAACUGUUUGCAGUCGCGAGUGCAACUUGGACUACGGAAAUCAACAGAUUUGACAGCCGCGAGAAUGUGGACUCAUAAAAAAACUCGCUGCUGCAAGUGCUAGCCGUGCUGUACAAGUACACAUAGGUUCAAAAUUAUCUGCGCCUGUCAAAAUGUAUUAGCAAUUUUGUAUACACACUUAUUGAGCUCUCUGUCUGACAACAGUUCGUGUCAUCCACAAUGACGCGCCGAUUUAUCAGAUGUAACCUUUAAUAACAUGACAUUACUAUUAUUAUUUUUAUUAUUAUUUAUUUAUUUAAGACCAUCAGGGAUUAUUGUGUUAGUAAAUCUUAUCCAAAAGUUAGAACUACUUAUAACUAUCUAUUACAUACCUAUACUUAAUAAAUACACUGUACAAUUAUUUAUUACUGCGUGCGUGUAUCAAGAAGCAGUUAUUCAAAUACAUGCAAUCCAAUCUGUUUGCUAACAUACUGAGAAUGCUGUUGGAGCUGGCCCUCACUCUGCGCACAAGGGAUGUAGCUCGCUUGCGCAUGGUGGUCUAGAAGCAGUCUACCCGCGCCUUCGAGAACAUCCCCGAUGCACAACAGAAUUUGGGCAGACUCAUCAGCACUCUGAAAGCGUUAUUAUAUUGAAUACGCAGAGCGCUGUACCGUUUACGAGUAUAAUAGCCCACAGGUUGCUUGUGUAGAAGGUAACGAAUUACGAGUCAAGUCAAGGCACGCAUCAUCGUGAAUGACACGAUCUAUACUAGCAUGAAACUAGCAAAUUGCCGUAGCGAUAUCAUUAGGAUUUUAUCUUUUUGAGACAUGUUUUAUUUUAUUUUCUUUAUUGGGGAAAAAAACAGAUACAGGCCAGUAAUAUAUACGGAUAAGAUUCUAAAAUAAUAAAUUUAGCCUACAUCCUAACACAAUUCCCACUAGGAGUUCCGACAAUAAUUUUACGACAGCGUUGUAAUCGGAACUUAAAACAGACAUCCUUACUUAUAUUAAUACUAAACUAUUACAAUAUUUAUCAUAUCCUACUAGUAUGUACAUAAACACAAAAAUAGGAUUAUCGAGUUCGGCCUAAAUCACAGCAAUAAACAAUACCAAAGAAAUUAAGCUACAAUACAGGUAAUUAAAAUUAAAUUAACAUUAUAGGAGCAAGCUCACUUUGCGCUUAAAGUUGGACCGAGUAUAAUUAUUAAAUAUGUCAACCGAGAUUAGGUUUUUAUUGUAAUUAUGACAAAUUCUACGCAGCGGAGCUCGUACCCCAGCGUUAGUGGCAGCCGUCGAGACCGCGAAUAGGCAAAGUGUCCGUGUCCUGUAGGUGGGAGCUCGGAAACUGAUAGCCUCCAGGAGCUCCGGGCAGUUAUACUGACCGGUACAUAUAUUAUAUAAGACGGUAGCAUCUUGGGCGUGGCGUCUGCUCGCCAACGUCUUUAGCUUAUACCUUUCUAGCAGCUUGAUAUAUGACAGAUUUGCAUGUUCAAGUCUGAAGUGGAGGGCUCUAAGGAAGCGUUUCUGAACUGCUUCUACAGCAUCUAUGUACACAGCGUAAUGCGGGUUCCAUAUCUCUGAUGCAUACUCGAGAUAAGGUCGCACAAGAGCGUUAUAAAGUAAUAUAUAUGAAGAACUUUUCUUUAGAGGCUUGGCUGAUCUAAGAACGAAUCCUAACAUUUGAAAAGCCUUAGAUGUUAUUUUGUGUAUAUGUUGGUCAAAUGUUAACUUCUCAUCGAAUGUCACCCCAAGAUCCUUUAUUUGUGAAACUCUUUGGACCGUUUCCCCUCCUAUAUUGUACCUCGAGAGUAUUAUAUUUUUAUUUUUGGUGAAUGUGAUAUGAACGCAUUUAUCAUACGCCAAGUAUAGUUUAUUUUCUAAGCAAUAAUGAUGGAACCGAUCUAAGUCCUCCUGAAUGAGAGUGCAGUCAUACUGGUUCUUUACUGUUUUAAAUAUUUUCAGGUGUUAACAGAGUGCUUGGCAAAAAAUUCAGAAAUUUUGGUAAGCACGUUUAGGCGGUAUUUAGAUAUUUAAAUUAUUUGAAGAGAAAAGUUGCCUAAUUUCAUAUACUAACGUAUAUCCCGUCGUGGCGCAGUUGGCAAACGACCGUUUUGUAACACUGGCGCCGACGGUUUGGGUUUUAAAGUUGCCUCCAGAAUCAGGCGAACUAAAUUGAUAAAUUAAUAUGCAUAAAUGAUACCACAGUUUGGCCAGUGAUGUUCAAAUCGAUAUUUUAAAAUUUUCAAAAAAGUUUGAAUUAGAGAAUAUUGCGAGAGUUCACCGCUAGGGGCGCUACUGUUGCGCGGUCAGUUCAAAUGUAACUUUAAGUUUUUUAUGUUAUUUUACAAAUGUUCGUUAGUAUUUCGAAAAUUGUGCAAUUUUAUCGUUAAAGUUAGACCUGAAAUUAAUUAUUUUUAUUUUAUUUCAUGGUAAUAGAGAUAUUAUAUAAAAACCUAUUUUGUAAUAAAUAAAAAUUCGGCUCUAAAUACAAAUAAGGCCAACCCAAUUUUUCGCACGCAAUGGGGCAAUUUUUCACACAAUCUUUACAUUGUGUGGUGAGGACGUAAAAAUUAAAUCGUCUCGGUGAUCUCUAUUGCUUUGAUUGUAAAAUACCAGUCCCCAAACUGGACAUUCAAGUUGACAAUUAGGUCAGCAUUUAAAUAUGGAUCAAUCUCGUAACCGAGCUUUCGAAACAAACAACUUGCCCCCAAACCUGCAUACUAAAAUCGAAAUUUGUUAUUUUCGCGUCUGCACCUCCUAAUUUGAUCGGUAACGUCACAAUCUUACAAUCAAAUCAAGCACCUUUUCGUGACUUUCAGAAAUCUAAAUCUUGUGUGACCCCUUUAUAAUCAUCACAUGGGUAGUAAUUGCAAUAUCUUACUUAUCGAUAUCAUUUUAUCGACAUAUACUCGUGACUAUUUUUUCUUUGCUAUUCCUGGUAUCAUUUUGUCUGUCAAUCUCAUGUCAAUUUAGUUCACCUGAUUCUGGAGGCAAGUUUAGUUUGUCUGUUAAUUAAAUCAAGGUAAGGACAACGGCGUUCUAGACUCCACGUUAACAUUAGAUACCUAUACACAAACUUGGCACUGUGAAAAAUUCAAGUCUCAUCGCCAAACCCUAAAAUUUCUGUACAAGAAAAAUACAAAAAGAUGAUGUUAUAGGUGGUCUUUUUUGAGACCGUUGCCCUAUAAAAGGAAUUAAAUACAUGACGUAGCAAAUUAAAAUUUAGCGGGGUCCGUCUACCGAUUGGGCUAUUUUAAAACAAAUGAACUCUAUUCUGACCACAGAUCUACAAUGUAUAUAAAGGAUUCCCUUAGAUCUGUGAUUCUGUCACAUGGAUCACGAAGAAAAAAUAAGCCACAUAAGAUAAAGACUCGACUUUACUUAGCUUGAAUAUUUAUAAUCAUCAUAAAUAUCGUCUAUGUACCUAUACUUAAAAAAGUAUGUGCCAUCAAUGUGCCUGCUCUUCUUGAGCCGACUGGCAUUAUCAGGGAUGAUGGCAAGAGGCCUGAUGGGGUGUUUUUAGUUCCUUGGAGCUUGGGACGGAUGUUAGUGUGGGAUGCUACCUGCGUAGACACACUGGCACCGUCCCACCUCCAACGGACUAAUGUAAAAGCGAGCGCAGCGGCGGAAAGCGCCGAAAUUUUGAAACGUAA